AUGAUUACUACAAAUAGAGAUUUGAUGUCCUCCACAUCUGAUUCAGCUGAAUACUCUUAAAAUAUUCAGCUCUCUAGAAAAAAAAUACCCAAUAAACAAUUCUCAUUAAGUCCAUUUGCCUUAAAAAAAUAAGAUCUUAUUAAUAAGAGAAGUCAAUCCUACUACUCCCAUAAUACCAGUAUUUCCAAGAUUAAACCACUCGUUGACUAUAAAUCCAAAUUUAAACAAACCACAAAAAAAUUGAUCAUAAUUAUGAGUUUCUUUUAAUCCCUCUCUUAAUAUUCAAAGGAGCAACUCAGAUAACGUAUAGAAUAUUUCAAAUCAAAGAAAUAAAACAUCCUACCCUUUUAUCCAGAUCAGUAUUUUAUUAUCAAAUGGAAUUCAUUCAUUUAAUUACUGCUAUUCUUUUAUGCAAUAGUAUUUCCUCUGCAUUUGGCUAAUCUAAUUAAUGUAGAUUAAGUUUUAAUGGGAAUCGAUGUUAUCUUUGCUAUAGACAUAUUGAUGAAUUUCACAACUGCAUACAUUGAUGAAAAUUAUAAUUUGGUUAAAGAAUUCAAAUUAAUUCUGCUCAAUUAUCUCAAAACCUGGAUGAUCUUCGAUCUUAUAUCAGUACCUUAAUAUUAGUUGUUCAUUCAACAAUCAGAACUUUAAUUGUUUAAACUCCUUCGAUUGAUCAAAUACUUCAUCAACAAACCCUAGAAAAACUAUAAGGGGUAAAUUUUCUACACAUCCAAUAUUAUCGAUUCCUUCUCUUGGGAUACUAACUAUUACCUCUCAGAAGGAUGGAUAUUCCUAUCCAACAUCAUUCUGAAUGCUUUGCUUCUCAUACACAUAUUUGGAUGCAUCUUUCUAUUUAACGACACCCAUUAUAAUUACAUUACUGGAGUCUAUUGGUCUUCGUAAACCUUGUUUACUGUGGGUUACGGUGACAUACCUUAGAACUACUCAAUGUCGGCUAUUUGGAUUAUAAUAUCAAUCGGAUAUUAUUCAGUCAAAGUUGGUGACUUUGCCAAAUUAUUGAUGCAAUCUAAUCUAUCCAAUGAUGACAACCAAUAUUUCCUAUUUGAUCGUCUAGCCUUCUAAACUAAAAUGCCAGAUGACCUUAAAGAUUCAGUCUAAAAGUACCUUAAAACAAAUGCACAGCACAAUCAAUUUUGGGAAUAGGACAUUCUUUAUAUGCUUAAUGAAUUUCAUAAACCCCUUCAAACCUAUUUCACUUUAAGUGUAAGAUUGGAUUUGUGCAUCAAGAUCCAAUUCUUUCUUUAAGAUGUUAAUAAUACCCAAAGUCUUUUGAAAUCAUGCAGAUUUAUCACGUACGAGAAAAACGAAAUGAUCUAUAGGAAAGGCUAAAUCUCUGAUGAAAUCUAUUAUUUGAUCAAAGGGGAUGUCAGAAUCCUUUCAAAAAACAGAUUCAAUUUAUUAACCAUAUUAUAAGGCACUAUAUUUGGAGAAUUUGAAGCCUUAAAUGAGCAGCCUCGAUUUACUUAUGCUAUAGCUCAAUAGAGAUCUUUCAUCUUAAUAGUUUAAUUUAAGGCCUUUAUCAAUUGCUUUAAAAAGAGUAAACCCAUCAAUUUUGAAGUCUCAUAAUUGUAUGCCCGAAGAAAGCAGUUGAUACUUUCAUAGCUUAAACUCGAAAAAAUUGAAUUGCAAAGAUUGAAACGAAAAAAUUUAAUCAUCUUCAACGACAGCUCACCCAAAUUCAACAAUAGAAAAAUCGAUGAGAAUCAACUAUAGAAUAAUUAAUCUUAUCAUUAUAACUUUUUAUAACGAAUCAUAGGAUAGGCUAAACUUAACAAAUAAAUAGUAUAUUAGAGAUUCUAAUUUUGUGUAUAUAGGGUGAUCGAUUAUAUAAGAUUAAUAGACAUCACACCUCCAGAAGACUGGAAAGAUUUAAAUGAAUACUCGACAAUCACCAAGGUUAUUCCAUUGAAACUUCUAUCAAAACGAAAUUCACUUUUCAAAAAUUAAAAUCGAUAAUCCAAUUUCUCAAUGUUAACCUUCAACCAGAAACUACGGCUUUCUAAUUACAUAUUAGUAAGAUAACAAGAAAUCAAUAUUUAAAGAAAAAUAAUCCUUUUUAGCAAGUUGUAGAGAGAAAGAUUCAAAACUUUAAAAGAGAUCUAUGAAAAGUAUGAGUGUUCAAUUGGAAAUCACAGAUAUGGGACAAACAUGCUCGAUUUUGGUGGUUAUUCAAAGUUCGUUUUGCUGUAAUCUAAAUAUUGCCAAUGGAAAAAUGUAAAAUAAAAUGAGGAAGUAAAAGUUAAUAACAAUAUUGUGCAAAAGAUAAAUAAGCUUAAAAAAGAUUUUUCACAUAUUAAUGAGAUUUGGUUAGAAGGGUCAUUGCUUAAAUUUGAUUUGCAUAAGUUUUUGAAUUAAAUUUGA